AUGCUGCCUCUCCGCGGAGCUUGGAGACAUCGAUGUCUUUCAAGGUGUUCCAAGCGCGGGCUGAGCUUGGCAUACACACUGCAUGAGCCUCAUAAACCCCAAUUGGAUCAUGCCCCUUUGAUCGUUUUGCACGGGCUUUUCGGCUCCAAACAAAACAACAGGAGCAUCAGUAAGGCUCUUGCGCGAGACCUUAAAUCGCGAGUGUAUGCCCUUGAUUUGAGAAACCAUGGCGACUCACCCCACGAUGCUGUACACGACUAUGCAGCGAUGGCCGACGACCUGGAAGAAUUCAUCCAACAGCAUGAUCUGCGGUUACCUACAUUGAUAGGACAUUCAAUGGGCGCAAAAGUAGCAAUGACCGUGGCACUGCGAUCUCCUCAGGUUGUGGGAGGUUUGAUAGCGGUCGAUAACGCACCCGUCGAUGCCAUUCUGAAGAGUGACUUCCAUAAGUACGUUCAAGGUAUGCGGGACAUUGAACAGGCCCAGGUCAGUAGACAAGCCGAAGCAAAUGACAUUCUCAAGAAGUAUGAGGAGGCCUUGCCCAUUCGGCAGUUUCUCCUCACCAAUCUUGUAAGGUCUUCGGACGGAGAACUUUUACGAUUUCGUAUCCCUAUCAAGACCCUCGCUUCGAGUCUCGACAAGAUGGGUGACUUUUCUUUCAAUAACCCUGAUGAGGUCCGCUAUGACGGCCCAACACUAAUCGUCCGCGGUACAAAAAGUCACUAUGUAGCAGAUGAUGUGCUGCCUUUGAUCGGACGAUUCUUUCCAAUGUUCAAGUUGGUUGACAUUGACAGCGGUCAUUGGGUUAUUUCUGAGAAGCCAGAGGCAUUCAGGAAAGCUGUGGUGGAGUUUUUAGAGGAUGCAGAGGGAUGA